AUGGCAUUGCAAUUGUUUGCGUCAAGCCUGAGCCUGCUGCCUGUUCUUCCAGGUUUGAUAAUUGUAUUUGGGCUCUAUGCGUUGGUGCUACUAUUUGGGAACAUUUACUUGACCUUUUUUGGCCCUCUAAGCAAAUUUCCAGGUCCAACCGUCAAUGCCUUCUCCCUGGUGCCGUUCAUUCGUUCUACAUGGAAUGGUAACGAAGGCAUUGAUGUGGCUGCUCUACAUGAUAAGUAUGGACCUGUUGUUCGCAUCGGGCCGACGAUGUUGUCGUUUGUUGGUUGCCCGCAAACCUGGAAAGACAUAUACGGGUUCCAAAAGAUUGGCCGGCAACUUCCUCAUAAAGACAAGCGAUUCUAUCUUCAACCCAUCAACGGCGUACCGAGUAUUAUUACGGCUAAUGAUGCUGACCAUGCUCGACAACGCAAAAGUGUUGCCAAUGCAUUUAGCGACAAGGCAUUGAAAGAGCAGGAACCACUCUUGAAGAAAUGGGCCGAGCUUCUCCUUGUCAAGCUUAAAGAAAAAGCCGUUGCUGAAGACAAGAUCGACAUGGUGAAGAUGUUGAAUUGCACAACCUUUGACAUCAUGGCCGAUCUCACAUUUGCGGAGCCUCUGUACAUGCUCGAGAAUUCAAGCUACAGUCCCUGGGUUACAGCUAUCUUUGCGAGCUUCAAGAAGAUGGCGACCUUUCGUUGCCUCAAAAUCUACAGCACGGUUAGCAAAUAUCUUGUGGAGGACAUUUUGGGCAAGAUGCCAUCCCUGCGCGCAAAACAGAUGCGACAUUGGCGGUUCACUACGGACCGGGUCGACAAACGUCUCGCCAAUCCUCCCCGUAGACCUGACCUGUGGUCUCGUAUCCUUGAGAAAGGUGAAGAUAGGCUUUCAAGAGAUGAACAACACUCGAACGCUAGUCUCUUUAUGAUUGCCGGCACGGAGACCACAGCCACGCUGCUAAGUGGUUCCCUAUACUACUUGUCCAAAAAUCCCGAGCAAAUGGCCCGUAUCAAGACGGAGCUGAGAGACUCUUUCCAAACCUUGGACGGCUUUGGUCUCGAGUCACUGGCCCAGUGCAGAUACAUGGAAGCCGUCCUUAAGGAGACACUUCGCUUAUACCCGCCUGUCCCAGUCGGAACGCAACGACAGGUGCCGAAAGGCGGUGCAACCAUUGCUGGUCAUUUUCUGCCAGAGGGCGCCAACAUCAGCAUUCCUCAUCUCGCAACGUACCGUAACAGCUCGAUGUGGACAGACCCUGACGAAUUUGUGCCGGAGCGCUGGCUAGGUGAUGGAAGAUACGAGAAAGAUGCAAGAGCGUCCUGGGAGCCGUUCCUUGUCGGACCGAGGAAUUGCGUGGGGAAGAACCUUGCAUGGCAUGAGAUGCGUUUACUGCUCGCGACGACGUUGCUUUACUUCGACUUUGCGCUCUGCAAGGAGUCUGAGCAGUGGCAUGAUCAGAAGGUGUACACGUUGUGGGAGAAGCCGCCGCUGUGGAUGAAGUUGACUCCCGUGAAAGCCUAG